CCAAAGCCUUAAUUUGAGCAAGUGGAAGUAGAGAGAGAGAGGGAGAGAGCAUGGAGUGGAGAGAGAGCUAUUUGGACGCGGUGCUGGUGCCCUUAAGCCUCCUCCUCCCCAUCCUAUACCAUGGUUGGCUUUGGCACAAGGUCCGUUUCCAACCGCAUGGCACCACAAUCGGCAUCAACUCCAGCGGUCGACGCCUUUGGGUCCUUGCCAUUAUGAAGGACAAUGACAAGAAGAGCGUCCUUGCGGUGCAAACGAUGAGGAACGCGAUCAUGGGGUCGACUCUGAUGGCGACGACCUCCAUCCUCCUCUGCUCGGGCCUGGCCGCGGUCAUCAGCAGCACCUACAGCAUCAAGAAGCCGCUCAACGACACCGUGUUCGGUGCCCACGGGGAGUUCAUGCUGUCCCUCAAAUAUGUGACCCUCCUCCUCAUCUUCCUCUUUUCCUUCAUCUGCUAUUCCCUCUCCAUAAGGUUCAUCAACCAGGUCAACUUCCUCAUCAACACUCCCUGCACCGCCAGCGCCGAUGCCUCCCUCCACCUGGUGACCCCCGACUACAUUUGUGAUCUCUUGGAGAAGAGUUUUGCUCUCAACACCGUGGGGAAUAGGCUCUUCUACGCUGCCCUUCCCCUUCUGCUCUGGAUUUUUGGGCCUGUCUUGGUCUUCCUCUGCUCCGUCACCAUGCUUCCAAUACUCUACCACCUCGAUAUUGUGUCUGGGGAAAACAAGCGUGGGUUUGGUAGCAAGGUGGAGAAGAUGGACGAGGUUUGAAUUCUAGCAACUGUGAGGGACGAGGAGAAAUAGUGCAUGGUUUAAUAUCCUGCCCGCCUGGAGUCCUGUACCUAGAAUUGGUGUCCCAGGUUUUAAUAGUUAAUGGUUCCAUUUAUCCAUAUAUAGUUGGAAAUUAACUUGACAUGCAA